ACAAAACAAGAGAAACAAACUUCAAUCAAGCUUCACAAUCACAGCCUCACAGUCACACCGAUCAAUUUGUGUGUCGUUUUUCUUCCAAAAAUAUGAAAAUCAUCGAUAUAUAAGAAUUGGCACUAGUUUUUGCGUUAAUCUGUGUACUGUUGCCAUCUUGAAUCGCAUUUUUGAGAUUUGACAGUGUAUGAUUAAUUAUGGGUGCAUGCAUGCCUUGCCUAUUUGGGAGUGCAGACGACUAUGAAGAAACAGACCCUGAAGAAAGGCGCCAACAGCAGGCAGAAGCAGCUGAAAAACGCAUCAAACAGGAGGAAUCACGAGGUAUUAAAGACCCUGAGGGUUUGAAGAGACGACAGCAACAAAAAGAUGAAGCUGAUAAACAGGCUGAAGCAUUACAGCAACAAGGAGCAGGAGAAAACCAACUAGCGUGGCAAGUUGGCUGAGAAAAACAAUGCAGAUGCAAUCUUCAAUUCCAGCAUUCAUUUAAUGUAAAUAAUCUAUGUGAUAGUAAGUUUACAAGAUAUAUAUAU